AUGGCAACUAAAGUAACCGAAACUCUUGUUGUGCUUUUGUUGUUAUUCUUCGCUACUGCUUCUGGCAUUAACGCAUCAUCACCUGCGGAGCCAGCAUUCAAAAGUCAAUUACGUUCAUGUUUUGAAGCAAAUAGAAAUACCGAAUGUUUGGCCACACAAUCAUCUUGGUCUUCAUGUGGAGGUUCAGUUUAUUCUUCAUAUCAACUUGCACUCUCCAUCUCAAUGAAUUGUAUGAGAAGUGUCUGUGGAAGUCAAAAUAGUUUAUGUUGCAAUACCUAUUGUACAAUGUAUGGUUUAUCUGGAUAUGAUCAUUCAGUUUGUUUCAAUAAGUGUUUCAAUGGAUAUACUGGUUCAGUUGUUGGUGCUGCAACUUUGAUGAAAACAAUCAAGAGUAGUUUGGAUACCAAUGUUGAUUAUGUUCCUCCUGCCACAGCUCAAAAGAAGGACGAUGAAACCAAAGUCUAUUGUGAUAUUCCAUGUAAUUCAGAAUUUGCUUUCUAUUCCACAACUGGUAAACAACCAAGUAUUUUAAAUGGUGGUUUGAAGGCAUUGUUGGCUUCUAAUACCAAGACUAAUACUUUGGCUGCUAAGAAAAAGCUCAUUUCUUCUUGGUCAACCAAGGUUGGUUCCUCUAAGCCAUCAUCCUCAUCCUCCUCCUCACGUAAGAGCAUCAGCAGCAUUAAAAGCAUCAUUGGAAGAAGUAAUAGUGGUUACAACAAGGCCAUUUCAAAGAGCAUCUCAAAAUACCUUGGCUUCAAACCAGUUAAACAAAUUAAUAGUGAUCUGGUCUAUAAGAGACUUGUUAAAUUUGUUUCAAGCAUUCCAAGUCUUGGAUACAUCUUGAGAGGUAUUCGUGAUAAGAAAACCAGAACCUACCUUACAAGAGGUUACAAAUUCAUUCAAGCUGCUAGAAAACAAGUCUAUCCACAAAAAGCAUUUGCAAUCUAUGAUGGUAAAGUAUUGAAUGUGAAAGCCACAGUUCAAUUGGGUAAUCCAGCAUUGGUUAAGCAGAGAAGUACCAUUUUCCCAAUUCCAUUCAAUUCAUUGACUCCAUCUUCACUUUCAAAGAAAUCCUUUUUCAAUUCCAGUGUUAAACAUAAUCAAAUCUGUACUGGUACAGCUAUUGCCAAAGUGGAAUAUUAUCGUAGAUCUCGUAUCACUUGUAAAAAGAUCAAGUCAUGGAUUAGUGGAGCUUCAAAGAUUAAUCCAAAGAAUAUUUAUCAAGUCAACAAGUUCCUCUUCCUUGUUUAUAAUCAAUGUAAGAAAGCUAAAGCUACUUGUGUUGUUCCAUUUGUUGAAGCAAUCAAAACAACUGAUUAA